AUGUUUGGCGAUCGGAGAUCUCCCGCAGCGCGUCGGAGAGCGGCGGGGAACCGACAGGCUCCGCAAGCACCGUCACAUCCGCAAACACGCCCGCCGCAACCGGUACAGACCUUUGUGCGGUCCCCGUACGACGACGAAGCGUCGAACAUGUCCUCCCGUCGACGGAAUCUCGCUUUAUUCAAGUACGGAUCUACCACAAAACGCAGUACUUCUUCGAUGGAUCGAUCGAGACAGCACGCCAAAGAAAUUGCGCUCAAGCUGACAACGUCGGCGAGUCUCCCCAAUUCCAGCUUUGGGGAAUUUGCCGAUUUCUCGUCGGCCUUUGGAUCGACAGCGACGCCUGCACCGUUCACGACUGCCACUGCUAGCAGGACUACUACUACGACUCGAAGUAGUAAAAAGUUGAACGAUCAAGGACGACAGAAUCAAUACACGUCGCCGAGGACAUCGUCUCAGCCUCCCGUCAAGAACUACUUUUUUGAUACGGAUCCCUUUCCGGACUCUAUAGGAGCCACACCUGCCGAAUCCCGAGAAGAACCGCGACGAGCACCCCCAUCACUGCCGAGCAAAGAAGAUGCUUUCUUUACCGCAGAUUUCGGUCAAAUGUCCGUCGAUACCCAUCCAAAACGAUCGACAAGUGCACAGUCUUCCUCCUUUGUGGUCGCGGAAUGGCCUUCGGAAGAGCAAUCGAUGGCUACCAUGCCCGCUAACUCAUCAAUGCAGAGUCACUACGCCAUGUCGCAUCAAGAGCAGUAUCAAACACGGCCACAAACACCUCCCCCACCACCCCCGCGACCGAAACAACGGACACAACGAAGGGUCACCACACCACCACCAAAUGAAACAAGAACCACUCCGCGACGAUCCGUUCCUGCCUCCCUGGGGCAUGAAGCAUCGACAACACCCAAUCAACGGUUGGUCAACGACCCAGCCGCCGUCUCACCCAAUCCUUCCGUGAACUCGAGCGGAACCGCUGCUGCUAGACGAAGGCUGCGCGCGCAGCGCCGCAAAGGCGGUGAGAGAACGGACCAUGGAGACCGACAGUCCGAGCCGGAGAACACCCUACUCACAACGCCUCUUUCUGCCAAACGACACGACAAUUUCGAUAAUGUACCGGUAAACAGCGGUCACAACGCGACGACGUAUGCACCAACAACGGCAACACCACCGUCGUCACGGAAGCUGCAGGAUCAUACCGCACCCCUCUCCAACAGAGCGUUCUCAUCGGCUGCUCUGAAGUCGACGAAUCAAUCGGCGGGUUCAUGGUCUACACAACACAGACCAGACCUUGGUGCCCGACAGUCCGAGCCGGAAGACGCCCUACUGACAGUGUCAGUUUCUGGCAACCGACAUAGCAAUUUCGAUAAUGCCCCGGUAAACAGCGGUCUCAGUGCGAUGAUGUACGCAGCCAUAACAGCAACACCACCGUCGUCACGGAAGCUGCAGGAUCAUACCGCACCCCUUUCCAACAGAGCGUCCUCAUCGGCUGCUCUGAAAUCGACGAAUCAAUCGGCGGGUUCAUGGUCUACACAACACAGACCAGACCGUGGUGCCCGACAGUCUGAGCCGGAGGACGCCGUACUGACAAUGCCUGUUUCUGUCAAACGACAUAGCAAUUUCGAUCAUGCACCGUUGAACAGUAGUCACAGCGCGACAACGCAUGCACCGAUAACGGCAAUACCACCGUCGUCACGGAAGCUUCAGGAUCAUGUGGCGCACUACUCCAACAAAACAUCCUCGUCGGCUGCUCUGAAAUCUACGAUUCAUUCGGCAGGUUCAAUGUCUACCAACCGCUCCGUUUCGAGUAACACCACUACCAAAUCGAUGGGUUCCUCGACGACCAGUUCGGAUGCAAAUGUGUUCAAUUCUCAUAUAGAAUCGGCAGGAUUCACUUUUGACGCCUUUGGUCUCGACGCAUCCACUUUGAAUCAAGAAGUGUCACAGGCCAUGAGCGAGAUUGACACAAACAACGUCAUUGGCUUUGCUGACGAGUUUUCCUCUUCCUUGUGGAUGGGUGAUUCCCCUUCUUCAUCCCGGUCGUCUACACCCAACGUUAGUUUGGAAGAGGCAGAUGGCUUCGUGGAUGGCUUUCGGGUAACUCAGCCGAAGCAGAAUAUUCCAAUCGACGUAAAGGACUUUCCUUCGACUACGGCACAAUCGCCAAUGAAUUUUGAUACUUCAUCGAGUCGGCCAUUCGAUGGUCAUUCCGGACACGUCAAUCGAUUCAAGGGACACGGAGAAUUUGCUGUUACCAAGCGGCCACCAUUGAUGGAUGAAGAGACACCACUAUCCAUGAAAGGCCAUUCGGAGAGCAAUGCUACACCUCAACCGCUCGGGAAUAUCACGUCAGCAACACCGUUCAGAUCAUUCGGCGCCUUUACGGUCGCUGCCUCUAACUCCAAGGCUCGCGUCAAGAAGGUAACAUCGACUUCAAAAAGUGGUUAUAUACAACGGCAUCCCCAUGCGCAUAAGACAGUCCAUGCUUCACCAACACGGAUGCUGCCUGCGACGCCGUCUCAAAGCAAGCCAGUUCCAACCUCGCCAAGACAUAUGCAACCACAAAACGAAGUUGAAUUCGUCGACGAUUUAGAAUCCGAGGAAUCUACACCAAAAGCUUCGUUGGUUGAGGCUUCGGAAAUCGGAGCGCGGUUGGAUAUUGGCUCAGAGUCCGAUAAUGGAGUAAAUUCGGAUUAUAUUGGGAGGCCGUCGAACCUCUCGUUGUUGAAGAUUCCUGCUGCGACGGCAUCGAACAAGGACAAAAAAAAGCUCAACCCCGACACACUGAUGCCAGAACCGAACGAGACGGUUGCGAAUGAAGAAAAGAAAGACGAAGACACAGGAGCAAGUCUGGAAAAGACAGUAGGUUCUCUCAAGUCACACUGGGAAAAUCGAGUGUCAUCAGCUCAAUUCACGCCGCCAGCUUGCGUGGAAGGUUCAAGACGACCAGUACUCAUUCCGCGCGAGGAGAUUUCAGGCCUGCAAUCAAAGUUAGGCGACAGCAUUUUGUCACCGGAGAGAUUGGAACAGCACCAAAGUGUGAUGUCAGAGGAGGCGCAAUUGCCAAUGGAAAGAAUUACGACGAAAGCGGCCUUUUCAAGUAUUCAGCAGGGUUUGCGGUCGUCGCCUGUACUAGAUGCGCACGAAACGAAAAUGACCAAGUCGGAAGGCGGUGCAGCCGUUCGUCAUUCACAUUUAAGUCAGGUUUUGAAUAGUCUACAGAAAAGCGAAAAAGAAGAUUCGCUCAGAGAUACACAAUCUGAUACAGGCGCGCCGGUCACUUUUGCCGUGAGAUUGCGUAAGACGGUUUUUGAUGAUCGCACAUGCUCGUCAGAUGAUUCAGAGUCGAGACAAAGUGGGCAAAAGAAAGAGGAAAACGAGACUGAAACGUCGCCUAGCGCUAGUGAUAAGUCGACUGAAGAAAUUGUAAAACACACAUACGGUGAACGAUGUGAGCUGGAUUUGCAAAAGCAACGCGAAGAGGAAGAUAAUUUACAAGGCAGCAAAAAUGGAGAAGAGUUCUCUGACCCGUAUGCUCGACCUCAAAUAAUAAAUCGUGUUGCGUGCAACAAGCAAAAAAGAGUUGACGAGUCUGAAGAGCAGCAGUCGGGCCAUCAGCUACAUUCACAUCAGUUGAGUACUACUUCGGAUGAGUGUAAAAUAGAACACUAUACGAUUGGAGUUGACUCAUCGGAACAGUCCGAGGGCUCCAGGCAAGACGAAGUCCCGGAGUUAAAGUCAGCUUCAACUACCGGUAUGCUACAAGAGAAGCUAUCGCCGAGCCGUCGUCGUAAUUCUGAUCUCAUUAUUGAACCAGAGCACGAUGACAAAAGCCAUACCAGCGAACCGAAACCUCUUGUCCCUCCCAGUGCUGCCGUAUCGCAUUUGUUGAUGUUGCAGCAACUACAGCAACGCCAAGAACCUUCAGAUCAUAACUCUGUCGCUUCCGGUCGAGGAAGUCUUUCGGUUAUGACUACUGAUACAGUAGUGUCAGAAGAGAGUCAACCGCGGUCGACAAAAGCACACACUCCGAAGGCAACUAUGAUGAUGCUAAAUGCAUUCCUAGCCGGCCGCGAGUCAAUUACCUCCUGUAGCGAAGAUAAACAAGCCAAGCCGGACCUCAUCGAUUUCGAAGGCGAGGGUUCAGAUUUCAAGUCGCCACCAAAAGGUGCUCAACCCGCUCCAAAUUCAAAUCUCCCGGCGCUAAAGGACGAUCCUACGUACGAACGGUACUUUAAAAUGUUGAAGGUCAGUAUGCCUCUCGAAGUCGUAAAACAUGCUAUGAUACGAGAUGGUUUAGACCCUACUGUAUUGGAUGGUGAUCACAAUAAGCCCGCAGGCAUUCUGCUCAAAGACGACCCAGCAUAUCAAAAGUACUUCAAAAUGCUCAACAUUGGGCUUCCAAUGGAAGCUGUAAAACAUGCGAUGGAACGCGAUGGUUUGGAUUCGCACGUAAUGGACUUGGAUCACAACCUCCCGGUGGCGAAUGGGAAAGCGAUUGUUGAACAGGAGCCGCAAGAGAAAGACUCACAUCGCCGAGCCCGGCUUCAUUGGAAAACGUUGCGCAAGGUCACGUCAAAUUCGCUUUGGGCUCAAAUUGACCAGGACGAUGAGCUCGAAAAUAUUGAUAUCGACGAAGAAGAAUUCCAAGAGCUCUUUCAAGUAGAGAAAUCGGAGACGGUCACGCCAGUUAAAGCCGCCGUUGUUACUGAAAAGAGUAGUGCAUCGGUCAGAGUAAUUGACGCAAAGCGGGCGAACAAUGGUGGUAUUAUCCUUGCAAGACUUAAAAUGUCCCAUGAUGACAUGGCUGAUGCUGUGGACCGUAUCAACGAACACGCUUUGUCCGCAGAACAGAUAGAAAAAAUGAUUGAGUUUCUUCCAACCAAGGACGAACGCAAAGCUCUUGAAGCGUAUAUGCUCGGGGGUGGUCAGGACGCGGCAGAAAAAUUCGAAGGACUUUGUGAAUGCGAAAAGUUCAUGGUUUCUAUGAUGACGGUUAAGCAUGCGAAACAGAAAGUCAGAGCGCUUCUUUUCCGUCUACAAUUCGAGACGUGCAUCCAGGAUAUCCAAAAGGAUACAGUAGUGGUCGAAGCAGCGUGCGAUGAACUUAGCAACUCUAUCCGGCUCCGUCAACUACUCGGCAUUGUUCUUACGUUUGGAAACAGAUUAAACACAGCAGGCAAUAGGAAGCGGAAAGCAGGGGCUUUUACUUUGGAUUCGUUGCUGAAGCUCAAUCAAGCCAAGGCAUUUGACAAAAAGACAACGUUUUUACAGUACAUAGUACUUAUCGUUCGACGAAACAACGAGCUCCUUCUUCGUUUUAAGGACGAUCUUCCAUCAGUUCUGCAAGCAGAUAAAGUAUUUUGGGAUCAAUGCGUCUCUGAUCUUGAAGAGGUGGAAAACCAACUCGAAAAUGUCCGUCGCAUUGCCCUCCACCAGGCGAGGCAAGCCAAAAUUUAUCGUCUGCCGCGGAAGAAAAGCCGCGGCGAAGAGAACGAAGAAGAUCUGAGUGAUGCUGAUAUCUCUUUGUCUUUGGAGGAAGAGGUUGAAGCGCUGAGAGCUACUCCGAUUGGCCUAUUUACUUUGUCGGCGAUCAAGUACGUUUCCUCGCUGCGAGACAAGGUUGAAGAGACCAAGAGCAAGUUUGCUAGCCUCUUAGAGUAUUUUGGCGAAGACGACAAGGAGAUGCAGCCACACCAGCUUUUCAGCAUCAUCGUUUCCUUCAGCCGCGAUUUCGAAAAAGCGAAGAAUCAAGUUUUUACAGAGGAGAAGAGGAAGCAGCGGGAGGAGCGGAAACGACAAGCAAAAAGUAAUGGCCUGGCGAAUGAUGGAAAGCCACUAAAGCCCUCGCCUACGCCAUUGUCGGAGCCAAAGGCUUAUAACGGCUCGAGUGCUUCACCGUCGUUGCGGAAAGCGCUUGAUUCGGAAUACGAAUCUUCAACACCAAGUGAAAGGGUUUUAGUUGAGACUCCUCUGGCUCGUCGAAACGAUCAUCUUCACUCUGAGAAGGAAAGUGCCUCAGAAUUCGACGUCAGCAUUGAUAACAGGGGUGAUUGUACAGAUGCUGCUACGUCGAAUCUUUCCAUCCAAAGUCCCUUCAAAAGUCGAAAAUAUGCAAAGUUUUUUGGCGGUAGAGACGAGACGAGCACUUGUAUGUCUUUCGACACCAAUCCUCACGCAAAAGCCAAUGAGGACGACAACGACAAACAUAACGGCUUGGUAAGCACUGCAGCCAAGUCUCACGAUUCCAGCGAGCAGAACCAACCGAUUGCAGCUACACCCAGCAUGAGGGCUGCCUUGAGAACCAAAGCCCGUCUGCGUCGGCAACGCUUUACGACCGCUUCCGUACAGUCAUCUACUAUUUCGAUAGAUUCGGGCGCAGAGGAUGACUCCCAAAUGACCCCCAACAGCGGCGAGCCUACAACAGCCGACAUGGUUUGUGUUCAAGCUCCCACGUCUAAUCAAUCGGACAUUCGCAAUCGUAGCAGCUUGGAGCAGCACAUCUCUCAGCAAGCGGAAACUCAUGAAAUUUUUUCUAUGGAUGAGGCUUUAGAACUUGACUAG